AUAAUGAAUCAACAACAUCAGAAUUGGCAGGUUAUACGACUAGCAAUGAUAUCACAUCUGACAUGGAUACAGAAAUUAACAACAACAUCAUUACAACAUCAUUAUCUAAUAUAGAAAAUCAAACAAUACUCACAUUCAACUCAUCUAAACCAAAUUUAACGUUACAUGAUAAAUGUGCAGAUAAUCUCAACUUACACUCAUCUAUUCAUAAUCCUGAAAAUUGGAACCCCAAAAAUCAACAUCAACAAAUAUCAUCAUCUGAAUGGGAAAUC